CCCAGCCAAGAUGGCUGCGGCCGUAGCGCGCCGCUUGUGGCCUUUAGCGGCCUUCCGAGGGCUCCGGCCCCGGGGACAUUGCGUCUGCAACCAGAGCCCAAGAAGUUUCGCAUCCGAGAAACGGGACCGGAACCUCCUGUACGAGCACGCACGCGAGGGCUACAGCGCGCUCCCUCAACUGGACGUGGAGUUGCUGUGUACAUGCCCGGAAGAAACCGCGCGUACCCUGGAGCACCGCAAGGGGGAGCUGCGGCCGGACGACCUCCCGGCGAUCAUCGCGACGUGGCAGGAGCUGAGGCAGCUGCGGGAGCAGAUCAGGAGCCUGGAGGAGGAGAAGGUGGCUGUGGCCGAGUCAGUGCGGGCCCUGAUGGCGAACCGAGACAACAAUCAGGCGCAACAGGACCCCCAGUAUCAGAGUCUGCGGGCACGCGGCCGGGAGAUCCGGAAGCAGCUCACACUCCUGUACCCCAAGGAGGCCCUACUUGAGGAGCAGUUCUACCUGUGGGCACUAAGGCUGCCCAACCAGACCCACCCAGACGUGGUAAGCCCCGUGCUGGGCAUCAGGGAGGUCAGGGGCCUGCCCAGUGCCACCUUCUUGGUGAUCCUCUCUGUCUCCCUGCAGCCCGUCGGGGACGAGAGCCAGGCCCAAGUGCUACAUGUGAUCGGAGACAAACCAGCUUUCUCCUUCCAACCCCGGGGCCACCUGGAAAUCGCCGAGAAACUCGACAUCAUCCGUCAGAAGCGCCUAUCCCACGUGUCUGGCCACCGCUCCUAUUACCUGCGUGGGGCUGGAGCCCUCCUGCAAUACGGCCUAGUCAACUUCACACUAAACAAGCUCAUCCACCGGGGCUUCACCCCCAUGACGGUGCCAGACCUUCUCCGAGGAGCUGUGUUUGAAGGCUGUGGGAUGACACCAAAUGCCAACCCAUCCCAAAUUUACAACAUUGACCCUUCCCGCUUUGAAGACCUCAACCUGGCCGGGACAUCGGAGGUGGGGCUUGCAGGCUACUUCAUGGACCACUCCGUGGCCUUCAAGGACCUGCCAAUCAGGAUGGUUUGUUCCAGUACCUGCUACCGGGCAGAAACAGACACGGGGAAAGAGCCGUGGGGGCUGUAUCGAGUACACCACUUCACCAAGGUGGAGAUGUUUGGGGUGACAGGCCCUGGGCUGGAACAAAGCUCGCAGCUGCUGGAGGAGUUUCUGUCCCUGCAGAUGGAGAUCUUGACAGAGCUGGGCUUGCACUUUCGUGUCCUGGACAUGCCCACCCAGGAACUGGGCCUUCCAGCCUACCGCAAGUUCGACAUUGAGGCCUGGAUGCCAGGCCGGGGCCGCUAUGGUGAGGUCACCAGUGCUUCUAACUGCACAGACUUCCAGAGCCGCCGCCUCCACAUCAUGUUCCAGACAGAGGCUGGGGAACUGCAGUUUGCCCACACGGUGAAUGCCACAGCCUGUGCUGUCCCCCGCCUUCUCAUCGCCCUCCUAGAGAGCAAUCAGCAAAAGGAUGGCUCUGUCCUCGUGCCCCCUGCCCUCCAGCCCUACCUGGGCACUGAUCGGAUCACAGCUCCCACCCACGUGCCUCUCCAGUACAUCGGGCCCAACCAGCGCCAGAAGCCCCGGCUCCCGGGCCAGCCUGCCUUGAGCUGAGGACUCGUCCUCAUCAGCCACCCAGUUUUCACUGCUUCCUGGAGUUUAGGGGACCCUGGACCCCUAGGACAUAUGGCCCUGAGCCUGUCCUGACACCUGUAUUCCUCAUCAGCACCACACCUGGGCCUGUGGACUCCAGGGUCCACCUCUCUUUCCCUGCUGCCUCAGAAUCAGUCACCCUAAUGUCAUUGGGGGGGUCCCAACCUGUACUGGGAAGCAGGACAUCUGGGGACUUGAAGGCUCUAGGGGUGGGGGAAGGAGAGAGGCCUCUAUGCCUCCUUCCUUCUUCCCUCUCCCCCUCAGUGCUUAGCAGAAGGCCCCCAAUAAAUGGUCAGAACAAUG